UCGUCCCAAAGUCGCAUAAGGCCGUAGAGUUGAAGAUUGUGGGAAAGGCAGAGGCUUUGAGAGAGAUAGGGAGGCUAUGGAGGCUUACAAGAAAUGGGUCAGAGAGAACAAGGACUAUGUCCACUCCUUGGAGUCUCUCGCCAAUGGAGUCACGUGGCUUCUACCUGAACGGUUUUCUGAAUCAGAGAUAGGACCAGAAGCAGUAACUACUGUCUUGGGAAUAAUAAGUGCUGUCAAUGAACAUAUAAUCGACACAACUCCUCAAUUACAUGUUGGCCAUGCUGAGCGUAAUUCUUUCCCAUAUCCCUUGUGUAUAUCUGCACUAAAGGACUUGGAAACGCUGGUUGAAGUCGUGGCUCAACAUUACUUUGGUGAUGAGAAAAAAUGGAAUUACAUUGCUAUUAUGGAGGCUAGCAAAGUGCUAGUGAGGUUAGCGUUGUUCCAGAACAGUGGAUAUAAGAUGCUUCUCCAUGGAGGACAGACACCAAAUGAUGAAAAAAAUUUGGAAGUUUCAACUCCUCAGCAUAGAAGUAGUGGUGGUUUUGUGAAGACUGGCGGGCAGCAUGGGAAUGGUGACUUGAGAAAUAAUCAUGCACAAGAUCCAUGGAAUUUAGAAAGAAGGGCCCUAUCUGCGUUAAAUAGGUUUGGAGAAAAGGCUAGGAGUAUUUCAGAUCCAGAAUGGUUGCGUAGGGUCCAACACCAUCAUGCCAUUAUGGAGCCUCCAACUCCAGUGGUUGAGAGAUUGACUAUAUCCACCAUAUUGUCGAAAAAGGGUCUCCAUGGGGCUUUGUAUGUGGCUGGUGAAGUGCUAUUUAUAACAAGACCACUUAUCUAUGUUUUAUUCAUUCGGAAAUAUGGGGUUCGCUCCUGGAUUCCUUGGUUUCUUUCAUUUGCUGUGGACGUUGCUGGAAUGGGCAUUCUUUCUCGAAUUACUUCAUCCACAAGUGGUACAGAAGAGCAGCAGUUUCAUCUUUCUGUCUCUGAAAAGAAUGAGGUUAAAAGACGAAAGCUAUUAUGGGCACUUUACCUCAUGAGAGAUCCCUUUUUCAGCAAGUAUACAAGGGGAAGACUUGAAAGCACCGAGAAUGUGUUGGAACAUAUACCUGUUGUUGGAUUUCUUGCAGGGAAACUUGUUGAGCUUCUUUCAGGAGCACAGACAAGGUACACUUACAUGUCUGGAUCAUAGAAGGUUGUUGCAAUAUGUUACGGCUUCUAGAGUAGUUCCAUAGUUCGUUUAGGACUUAGGUAAGUAAACUCCCCAAGCUGUAUGAUGGUGGUGAUGUAUUCUCAUGUUUCAUUUAUAUUCACAAAUAUAUAAGCUCGAU